GUCUUCUUUUAAUCUUUUUUUACCUUUUUAAUUAAUUAAGUAGUUCCUUUUUCUAUUUUUAUUUUUUCUAUUUUUUAAUUAAAAUAAGUAGUUACUUUUUUUUUCUAUUUUUUUUGGUGUAUGAAGUAGAUUAAAUAUUAGAUUCUUAAAAUUAAUUUUUACAUCACUAGUUCAUUUCAUUCUUAAGCUAGUUGAAAAGCUAUCACGGAACAUGCCUCGGUAAUUUCCUCCCUUUGAAGUUUGAAACCCUCCUCAGUCAUCUCUAUUCUCUAGUCUAGUCUGUCUCGCCUAAGGUGGUAUCUUCCCUCCGCCGUACUGCUCUAAGAAGAAGCCAGCAACUACUCGUCGGCCCGUAGCCUUAUCACCGGUCUUACCCCCGCCGCUUUCCCAUCGCCUCCUCGCCGGUAAGUACUUUGGUUGUCCUCGCCGUCGCCGUACUCGUCGAUCUGCCCCUCCCGGUGAGUUCUAAAUCCUAUCUUCUUCAACAAUGCCUACGAAUACGGCGGAAAACUCCAAUAACGCAGUGGAACUAUUCCUUAAAAUAGGAUUAGAUGAGAAAGUAGCUCAUAAUACAAUUGCAAAUAACAAGGUUACCAAUAAUCUGUUGGCAGUGAUUCAUGAGGCGGGUGUUACCAAUGGUUGCGAUCGGACUACUGGAAAUCUUCUAUACACUGUUGCUACGAAAUUCCCUGCCAAUGCUCUUAUGCAUCGGCCAACACUGGCCGGAUAUGUUGUUUCUUCAAAGAUUAAGACACAAGCUCAAUUGGAAGCUGCUUUCACAUUUUUUGCAAGUGUCGGUCCUGAAGAACUCAACUUAAGUGACUUCGAAAAAGCUUGUGGAGUCGGUAUUGAAGUUUCUAAUGAAGAGAUAGAGCGUUCAGUUGGUGAAGUCUUUGAAGAGCUUAAAGCAACAAUUUUGGAACAGCGAUAUAAAACAAAUGUGGGUGACUUGUUUCGACGUGUUCGUGAGAGACAGCCAUGGGCUGAUCCAAAGAUUGUUAAGCAAGUGGUAGAUACAGAACUUCGUGAGCUACUGGGUGAAAGGACUGCAGCAGAUGAUGAAAAGCCAGUUAAAAAGAAGAAGGAAAAGCCUGCUAAAGUUGAGGAAAAAGUUGUUGCUGCUGCUCCAGUUCAGCCAUCUGAAGAAGAACUUAACCCAUUUUCUAUCUUCCCACCUCCAGAAGAAAAUCUUAAGGUCCUCACAGAAGUAUUCUUUAGUGAUGGUUCUAUUUUAAGAGCUUGCAAUACAAGGGAAAUUCUUAACAAGCAUUUAAAACUAACUGCGGGAAAAGUUCAUACCCGCUUCCCACCUGAGCCGAAUGGGUACCUUCACAUUGGUCAUGCCAAGGCUAUGUUUGUUGAUUUUGGAUUGGCUAAGGAGAGAGGUGGACAUUGCUAUCUAAGGUAUGAUGAUACAAAUCCCGAGGCUGAAAAGAAAGAGUAUAUUGACCAUAUUGAAGAGAUAGUCAGGUGGAUGGGAUGGGAGCCAUUCAAGAUAACUUACACCAGUGACUAUUUUCAAGAUCUCUAUGAACUAGCUGUUGAGCUCAUAAGGAGGGGUCAUGCUUAUGUUGAUCAUCAGACUCCUGAUGAAGUAAAGGAGUAUAGAGAAAAGAAGAUGAAUAGUCCUUGGAGAGACAGACCAGUAGAAGAAUCCUUAAAACUUUUUGAGGAAAUGAAAAGGGGAAUGAUUGAGGAAGGAAAAGCAACGCUAAGAAUGAAGCAAGAUAUGCAAAGUGACAACUGUAAUAUGUACGACCUCAUUGCAUACCGUAUCAAGUUUACUCCUCAUCCUAAAGCAGGCGAUAAGUGGUGUAUUUACCCUAGUUACGAUUAUGCGCACUGUAUCGUAGACUCUCUUGAAAAUGUAACCCAUUCGCUCUGUACAUUGGAAUUUGAGACACGACGGGCAUCAUAUUACUGGUUAUUGCAUGUACUUGGCUUGUAUAUGCCUUAUGUAUGGGAGUACUCACGGUUGAAUAUGACAAACACAGUGAUGUCAAAGAGAAAACUUAGUUGUCUUGUUACUGAGAAGUAUGUUGAUGGGUGGGACGAUCCUCGAUUGAUGACUCUUGCUGGUUUGCGCCGUAGAGGGGUGUCAGCAACAGCAAUUAAUACCUUUGUUAGGGGUAUUGGAAUCACUAGAAGUGACUCUAGUCUAAUCCGGUUAGAUCGCCUUGAGUACCAUAUUAGAGAAGAGCUAAAUAAAUCAGCUGCUCGCGCAAUGGUGGUCCUACAUCCCGUAAAGGUUGUUAUCACCAACCUAGAAGCUGGUAAAGUUAUUGAACUUGAUGCUAAGAAGUGGCCAGAUGCUCAAAUUGAUGAUACCUCAGCAUUGUACAAGGUACCAUUUUCUAAUGUUGUAUACAUAGAAAGAUCUGAUUUUCGGAUGAAAGACUCGAAAGAUUAUUAUGGACUUGCUCUUGGGAAGUCUGUCUUGUUGAGAUAUGGAUUUCCGAUUAGGUGCAUUGAUGUAAUUGUUGGUGAUGACAAUGAAACGAUUAUAGAGAUUCGUGCUGAGUAUGACCCAGAGAAGAAAACAAAACCAAAGGGGGUCCUCCACUGGGUUGGUGAGCCUUCCCCUGGUGUUAAUCCACUUAAAGUGGAAGUCAGGCUUUUCGAAAGACUUUUCCUUUCUGAGAAUCCCGCGGAGCUUGAUAAUUGGCUUGAUGAUUUAAACCCCAACACAAAAGUUGUCAUACCUGAAGCAUAUGCAGUUUCUUCACUCCAGAGUGCUGUACUCAGUGACAGAUUUCAAUUUGAACGUUUAGGUUACUUUGCUGUGGACAAGGACUCCACACCAGAGAAAUUGGUUUUUAACCGCACAGUGACAUUAAGAGACAGCUAUACCAAGGGUGGGAAGUAGACCAUGCACGUGGUCAUGAGAGUGUUCCUUUACGUUUAAUAUCUGAUUUAAUCAAUAUGUGUAUAUACGAGUUGAAAAACAAGGUGGUGGCUCAGUAACACUUUGUUUGAAUAACAAAUUAGAAAGGCAACAGAAGGGGAGAAGGGAAAGAAAAGGCAAGGGGAAGGUGGAGCUCUAUUUUCCUUUAUUUGAAUAACAAGGUAGAAAGGCAAUGGAAGGGGACAAGGGAAAAAGAGGCAAGGGAAAGGUGGAGCUCUGUUUUCCUUUUGAGUGUCCAAUUUUGGUGGGACAGUGUUUAUUGGAGACGAAGAGAAAGAUCUCUUCCCUUCCUUUCUUCAAUCCUGUAUCCGAACAAGGAAUUUGUUCACUCUUUCCUUUUCCUUCUAUCCUUUUCUCUACAUUUCCUCUUAUCAAAUCAUAGCGUAGUUCUCUAUUUGUUCUUGAAAUAUAUUUGUCAUACUUUGCAUAGUUUAGAUGCAUUCAUGUUGUCAAGGUUUUUGUGGACUUUAGUUGCAUGCUUUUAUUUGUUUAUUUUAA